ACUAUAAGUAUAAUCUGGUUCGUAUGUUAUCAGUGAUUCAGCAAAUGAUCAAGUAUUAUUUAUCACAGUUUGUCGUAACAGGAAUUACAAGAACAUUCGAGACUUCAAUUUUCGUUAAACAAUCAAUUGAAAACAUUUUCAAAUAAAUUGAAAAUGGUUAAAGCUGUUUGUGUCCUUCAAGGUGAAGUUACAGGUACUCUGUACUUCGAGCAAAAUGCAGAAUCAUCUCCUGUCAAGGUCACUGGUGAAGUCACUGGUUUAAAACCCGGUUCUCACGGCUUUCAUAUCCAUGAAUUCGGUGAUAACACUAAUGGAUGUACCAGUGCUGGUCCACAUUUCAAUCCAUUGAAUAAAGAACAUGGUGGUCCUGAUGAUAGUGUCAGACAUGUUGGAGAUCUUGGAAAUAUUGAAGCUGGUUCUGAUGGUGUUGCCAAAGUCAAUAUUACUGACAAAAUGAUUCAACUUAGUGGAGCUCAUAAUAUUAUUGGAAGAACGCUUGUGGUUCAUGCUGAUGUUGAUGACUUAGGAAAGGGUGGACACGAACUUUCAAAAACAACUGGAAAUGCUGGUGCACGUUUGGCUUGUGGAGUAAUUGGAAUUACUAAAUAAAAAAGCAUAUAAUAAUUGCCAUAUGCAAAAAAAACUUUUCGAAAAAGUAAAAGUUUUUUUUUAAAUUUGA